UCCUGCUACCUCAAAAGGUUCCAAACCCCAUCCAGGGGCUGGUUGGGGAGCCCUACACCUCCCUUGGGGAGCAUGGAGCUGGAGAUAGGAGGUCCAGACCCACACUGGGGCUGCACAGCACCAAGGGGGACCCCAUGGAGAGGCUUCACCCACUGAGACGGCAGCACCUGUUUGCAGAGGCAUGGCUCAAUAGGCAGUGUGUUCUUCAGAAGAUCCCUACUCCAGGAGUCAAAAUAGCAUGAAAUUCAAUUUUACGCCUAUUUGACAAAGCUUGAUUUCACCUCCAAUCAGCACGGAGAUAAGAGCCCUCGGCACAAGUGUGCGGGCAGUUUGGCAGCUGGGGCUGCCGAUUUAAUAGGUGAAUUUACAGGAACAACACUUGAAAAUCCCCUGGCUAGUGAACCAUUAAGCUACCAAAUAUUUGCCAGCCGUCAGCUCGCUGCUCCGCUAUAAAUACUUCAGGCCCAGGUGGAGGGACGGGAAGGGGAGCGGCGCGGGAGCCUAUGCAUGGCCAGGCAGCAGCGCCAAGGGUGAGCGCGGGCCCUGGGGUGCCCCUGCGUGCUGACAUGGCUGCAGGCAUCAUCCGGCCACUAGCCGAGCUGCGGCUGCCCUCGCCCUUCCCGCACGGCCUGCUGCUGCCCAUGCGCCCUGAGCCCGACUUCCCUGACCUCUCCGAGGAAGAGGACGAGGAUGAGGAUGAGGAUGAAGAGGAGGCAGCACAGGAUGAAGAGGAGAGCACAAGGCUGGAGCCGGAUGUCCUCAGCACCGCCGAGCCCACACUGCAGCUCCUCCGGUUCUCGGAGCUCAUCAGCUGUGACAUCCAGCGGUACUUUGGGCGGCGGGGCCAGGACGAGGCCGCCGGCAGCCACGGAGUGCCUGAGGACUGCGGCUCACCCCGGCACACCCAGCCCGAGGCGCCGCGGGGCAGCCCCAGGGCCGUGCACAGGCUGGGGCCGCUGGCAGAGCUCUUCGAGUACGGCGUGCACCGGUGCCUGCCGCCCCGCAUGGCCACCGGCAAGACGCAGCGGCUGGAGAAGAAGUACGGCCACAUCACCCCAAUGCACCGCAGGAAGCUGCCGCCCUCCUUCUGGAGGGAGCCGGGCCCCAGCCCCACCGGCCUCCUCCACACCGGCACCCCCGACUUCAGCGACCUCCUGGCCAACUGGACAGUGGAGCCGGGGCCGGAGCUGGGCGCUGGGCAGGAGCUGCAGCUGGAGCCGGGCCGCCCGGGGCUGGAGGCCGAGCCCUUUGCCGGGCUGUGACCCCGCUGUGGCCCCCAGCCCCGCCACGUGCCACCGGUUAAUGAUAAACCUGGCAACAGCGGUGCCAGCACCGGGCACCUGGAGCUGCCGGGGCAGAGCCGGCCAUGGGACGAGUGAAUAAAUGACUCCUACCAGGCA